AACACUCCUUUCAAAAAACCCAUUUCAACGUGGUUCAGUAAAGAUUUGAAGUUUGUAAAUGGCUCUUCAAGCUGCUGCCUUGCUUCCAUCUACUUUCUCUGUACCCAAAGAGGGAAAGUCUGGUGCUUCUUUCAAGGAUUCAUCUUUCUUUGGAGUUUCCCUUUCUGACCAUAUCAAGGCUGAUUUUACCUCUUCUGCAUUAAGAUGCAAGAGGGAAUUCAACCAAAGAACUGGGGCUGUUAGGGCCCAGAUCACAGCCACUGCAACUCCAGCAAUCACCAGAUCUUCAAUGGAUGGAAAGAAAACCCUUAGAAAGGGCAGUGUGAUCAUCACUGGUGCCUCUUCCGGACUGGGUUUAGCCACUGCUAAGGCCUUGGCUGAAACUGGGAAAUGGCAUGUCAUAAUGGCCUGCAGGGACUUUCUAAAGGCAGAGAGAGCUGCAAAAUCUUCUGGAAUGUCCAAGGAAAACUACACCAUCAUGCACUUGGAUCUCGCCUCCCUCGACAGUGUUCGGCAAUUCGUCGAUAGCUACAAGAGAUCCGGCCGGCCUCUUGAUGUGCUUGUUUGCAAUGCUGCUGUUUAUCAGCCAACUGCCAAGGAACCCUCGUUCACUGCUGAAGGAUUUGAGCUUAGUGUGGGGACUAACCAUCUUGGUCACUUCCUUCUUUCGCGGUUAUUGCUCGAUGACUUGAAGCAAUCCGAUUAUCCAUCGAAACGUCUCAUCAUUGUUGGUUCCAUAACAGGCAACACGAAUACUUUGGCCGGAAAUGUACCACCAAAGGCGAACCUUGGGGAUAUAAGGGGACUUGCUGGAGGACUAAAUGGGCUGAACAGCUCGACCAUGAUUGAUGGUGGAGAUUUUGAUGGUGCAAAAGCAUACAAGGACAGCAAAGUCUGCAAUAUGCUCACUAUGCAAGAAUUCCAUAGGCGCUUCCAUGAGGAAACCGGCAUCACUUUCGCUUCGUUGUACCCCGGAUGCAUUGCUACCACCGGCUUGUUCAGGGAGCACAUUCCGUUGUUCAGGCUCCUCUUCCCUCCAUUCCAGAAGUACAUCACCAAGGGGUUUGUCUCCGAAGACGAAGCCGGAAAAAGACUUGCUCAGGUUGUGAGUGAUCCUAGCUUGACGAAAUCGGGCGUCUACUGGAGCUGGAACAAGGCUUCGGCUUCAUUUGAGAAUCAGUUGUCUCAGGAAGCCAGUGAUCAAGAGAAAGCAAGCAAAAUAUGGGAGCUCAGCGAGAAACUUGUUGGCUUGGCCUAAAUAUAGCAGCCUUUAAGGGUGCUUUUGCCACUUUAAAUCUUUUCUUUGCGGGAGAGCUUUGUUUAAUCGCUUAAGGGUCCGACUCCAUUGAUGAGUGUAGAUGACUUUGUGAAUUGCAGUUUGACAAUAAAAUUACUCACCCAUUUCAA